CGACGCUGCAGCUCAAAAGCGCUGGUCCCUUUCUCUCACCCACAGACGCUCUUUUUAUCUUGCUUGAAACCCCAAGCUUUCUUUAAUCUUUCUGCAUUGCAUUGUUUUUCUUGCUGCGACGUUCAUUCUUUGUCUACCAUCCCGGAGACGUUCAUUCACUGCUCAAUAGAAAAUAGAUUCAUCGCACUCCCUACAUUACAUUACAUUUUGCUCGUCGCACAUCACGCUCUCUGCCAUCUCUAAAUCUUCGCUACCAAUUCGCAUAUUCAUCAUGAAGUUGACUUCGACCAUUGCGGCGGGUGCUGCCCUUGCGGCCGGUGUUUCUGCUGGACAGAACAACUACCUGGGCUUCAACUCUGGCGCCACCCUGCCCGACGAGUCCGCCAAGUUCGAGGCCGACUUCCUGGCCGAGUUCACCACGGCCCAGAAGCUUGCUGGCGCUCCCGGCACCUUCAACGCCGUCCGUCUCUACACCAACAUCCAAGCCUACUCCACAAACACCCCCAUCCAGGCCUUCUCGGCUGCCAUCAAGACCAAGACCAAGAUUCUCCUCGGUGUCUGGGCCUCUGGCACCUCCAACAUCAACAACGAGCUUGCCGCCCUGAGCGCUGCCGUCAAGCAGUACGGCUCCGACUUCACCGACCUCGUCAUUGGCAUCUCCAUCGGCAGCGAGGACCUGUACCGUGACUCGGCCACUGGACGAACCAACAAGGCCGGUGUCGGCAAUGGCCCCGAUGAGAUUCUCAGCUUCAUCAACGCCUACAAGAAGGAGUUUGCCAACACUGCUCUCUCCAGCGUCCCCGUUGGACACGUCGACACCUGGGAUGCUUGGGUUAACAGCACCAACAAGGAGGUUCUCGACGCCGUCGACUGGAUCGGUGUUGACGAGUACCCCUUCUACGAGACCGGCAAGGGCAACAAGAUUGAGAAUGCCGGCAAGCUCUUCAACCAGGCUUACCAGACCACCCUCGGCGUUGCCAACGGCAAGCCUGUCUGGGUGACCGAGACCGGCUGGCCCCUUACCGGCCCCAGCUGGGACGAGGCUGUCCCUAGUGUCGACAACGCCAAGUCCUACUGGGACCAGGUUGGCUGCGGCAUGCUGUUCAACAAGGUUCCCACCUUCUGGUACAACCUGCGUGACUCCAACCCUGCCAACCAGGUCAAGUUUGGCAUCAACCAGAAGCUGAAUGGCACUCCCUCAUUCAACCUGACCUGCCCUGCCGAGUCUGAGUCUAGCUCUUCCAUCACCAAGCCCACCGCUACCGGAAAGGGCUCUACCCCCUCGACCCUCGUCACUGCUCCUUCGCAGACUGGCCAGUCUGGCUCAAACAACGCUGGAAGCGCCAAGGGUGCUGACUCCAGCUCUGACAGCUCUGCCUCCAAGACCUCCUCCAGCCCUGCCUCCACCUCCUCCCACAGCGCUGGUUCUAUCAACAAAGUCUCCGGCGCUGCCUUUGCCGGUGUAGCUCUCGUUGCUGGUGUCUUUGCUACCCUUUUCUAAACAUGGGGGUGAGAAAAUGACGUAUGGACGAUGAUGUGGUCUUUAUAGGGUGUUUGUGUAAAUAAACUUGUAUUAUUUCGAGGAGAGUAGAUGUCAUUUUUUUGUGGAAUUUAGACUAAACCAACGAUAGACUGGUUGGAGACAAUAAAUGCUUGAAUAUUUUUUUCUUACCCU